AUGCCGAAGUAAGUAACCCCUACAAACGGGGCCUCCCUCUUUUUCCGGGUGAGUUUUAAUUUUUUAGGUACUAUUGCGACUACUGUGACAAGUUUCUAACGCACGAUUCACCGUCUGUGCGUAAGACACAUUGCACCGGUAGAACGCAUAAAAAUAGUGUUCGUGAGUACUACCAGAAGUGGCUGGAGGAGCAGGUACAAAAGCUGGUUGAUCAUGCCUGUGAGUUUCAAUAUUUAUCAAUUCAUCUUGCUAGCUGAAGCAUACAAGCAGGGUAAAGUUCCACCACCCAUGUUUGGGGCCGCGAUGGGAAUACCACCACCAGGAAUACCCGGUCCAGGAAUGCCUGCUUACCCUCCCAGGUUCCCGCCACUGAUGAGCGUGCCUCCGUUAGGCAUGAAACCACCACUUAUGCCACCGCAGGGUCUAGUUCCAGGGAUACGGAUACCGCCUGGUGCUCCAAUGCCACCUACUUGGACACCCGGGGCUGGAAGCAUGCCGUCUGUGCCAGCGGGUGGCACACCAAUACCACCGGCGAAUCUGCCAGCACCUGGGAUGCCUCCGAUGAUGCCUGCUCCCGGGGUUCCGCAAAUAGGUCCCACACCUUAAUCUGAUUUUGUACAAAAAAUAUAUGCUUUAUUAAUCCCACAGUCUUAUUGCCUUCCAUGUUUAUCGUUGGUUUUUAUCUAGGCAUAGGAGUGCUUGCCAGGAAGAUUUUGAAAUGGUCACCCAUACCUUGUGUAGUCUAAACACAUACCCCGAGAGCUACGCUACUACAGACAGAUUCAUUGUUUUUGCACCAUGGGGUGCAUAGGGAGUGACUGUUACGCAGCCAUCAGCUCUUAGUAAUAGACUAAACUGCGCACAACUACUUACUGCCGAUGAAUUUGGCUUCCAGGGUUCCACUUUUUGGAUUAUUUUGUCUUCUAGACCAUUCAGUAGUGUGUGGAAGUAUUCUGCCAACGUCAGUGACAAGGGACUCUGGUGCCCGGUCAAUGAAUAUCAAUUCAUACAGAAAGAAAGCUAGCGUCUAGUGACAACACCGGCUAGCCUGCUCUCGGUGAAUUGCGAUCGGCAGGACCGCCUUGGCAACCGUUUUAUCUAACUAGUCAGGUGUGACCAUGGCCGCCGCAUCUCGUCCAAGCUGAAUAGAAGCUCCCCCUUACUGGGUGUGGUUGAACCAUAGGGCCUUUCUGACAAAUCCCCACCCUCUAGCGUCUUAUCUAAGCUUUCGGUACGUCCGAGCUCACACCGCACGGGAUGUUUCUCGUUCCUGACGGCGAAAUGAUUAGGACAGUCGGCAAUUUGCGGACUAUCCCAACGCAUAAGAAGCCAUAGGUCGCCGCAUGCAACUUACUGAAGUGUUUUGUUCAGUAUAAGCCUAUGAUCUUGCUGUGCCGUUCGGAAGAAGAGGAGCUAAUGUGUGGGGUUCCGAUCGAAUGCGUCCUAUCCCACUUCUACAGAACCGGGCCCCCACGCACCCCUGACCGGGGGAAGGUUAGGGUGUCUGGCGACCGGACCGCUGGGCGAGUGCCGCGGUCCUCACCUACGAACGGCGUCCCGGAAAUGAAAUCCAAACGCUGACGGACGACACUUGUGCUGAUAUCGUCUCAUCGGCCAAAGCCAUUUGUCCACCUAUGACUGUAACCAUUAACGAAGUCCCGAUUAGACGAAGAGUACAGUCAGUAGGCGACUUGUGUUCCGUACAGAAGUGAAGAAAUACAGUUUGAGGCGAAGCGGGACGUGCGUACGUACGUUUCUAGGUCAGCAGUGGGUAUGCUUGAAUGAGUUAGACUACAAUCUACUUUCCUCCCCCGUCAGCACCGAUUGCUGUGAUUAUUGAACUCGCCGCAGUUAGCGCAAGUGUUCGCAACCAGAAAUAGUCUCGACGGUCACAUGGCGCAGCAAGGGUCGUGCGUUUGUUGGCGCCGUCUAAGCUAGGUAUGGGAGUCGCCACCGCAGACUUGCGCCGGGGACUCGCGUGAUGGCGGACGUCGGGAGUAGUCUACGGUCCCGUAGAGCGUCGCCGUCUCGGACGGCACGACCGCUUACUCCGUCAAACCAGAGGCGGACUCGUUUACUUUGAGCUCUACCAGAUAUGGCUCCAAUGGGGGAAAGGUACUUUUAAGCUGCAUUUGAGGCGGAUACUGGGCCCGGCGGUCUUCGAAAAACAACUUUCCCAGGUUGGCCAAGUUGGGAGGUACGGGUUGGUGAUUUCAGGACAUGUCAUUUCAGUUUCCUGGUCGACUAAGUGCACUUUACACUUUAAUAAUGGAGAGCUGACCAAGCUCUUCGAAACGUCAGCGCCCAAAUAAACCCGUUUUUUUCCCCAGAAACAACUUGGACUGGAGAACGAUUGUCAAAGGCUUAGCUGGUAACUGCAUGACACGGGCCCGCUGGUUCAUGAUGUCGUAGACUAUGGAGGCGGUUGAACCUUUGCAGGCGAAACCGACAGGGGCACGAAUACAAUAUUGGCGGGGAAUUUGGACUCGUCCACUCUGAAUACGGAUACAGUGCGAGGGUCCUCUCAUCGGGGAUUGGAAAACCUUGCCGAUGACCUCGAACUCCAAUUUUCGCGGUCGCUUUUCGAGGCUUAGUACGGUGGUGUGUGAGGUAAUGGGGUCAGAGUCGAGAUGGUCGGUCUAGGUUGUAUGGUAUUUUCUCAGUGGCGUUUGGCAGGUGUGCCUGGUUUUUUAGUAUUUAGUUUAAUAACUAUCAAAAUGCUGUUCUAAGAAUGUCCCAGAUUCCGGCAUGCCUACGACGAAAUUGCGACACGACCGUUGUCACAUCUGUUCCAGCUGCGUUCAGAUGCCGCUGGCGCCUACGGCACGCCUGUUCCCAUUCGAGGACGUUGACUUUGUAGGACCAACCAAUUGGCACCGACCUUAACGCUUCGGUUGAAACAAAGUGCUUUUUGCCUUGAAACACCGCUUGAUCAUCUCUCCCACAUAGUGGAAAUGGGUGCAUGGGUUUUGAAUAUUCGUCCUUCUCUACGCGAUGCCUAUCUGGCCGUAAAGAACAUCUGAAGAGUCAGCGUCCUAUUGGUACUGUCGUAAGGACAAACUAGCCACCAGCGAGCUGCGCACACGCAGAUUAGUUGUAUUAUUCAGUGCCCCUUGGGGAUGAUUGCUCAGGUGGUCGUAUGACUGGUGUAGAGGCGCGUCACUCGCAUACCUCUCUGACAGCCACGAUCGGACUCAUUACACCGGAGGAGCUGUGUUAUCGUACAACAAUAUUCGGUGACGGAUCCCGAGAGUUGUACUCACUUCCCAACAGCGGAGUCAGAUUAUUGUAGGUCCCGGAACUAUUUGGAAUUAUUUACGGUGAUCAGGGUUUUCACAGCCAACUUCUUUAUCUUGUCAAAUGAGACGACCGGCUUAGGUCUGGAGAGGCGUCAGUCAAGUCCAAGGGUGAAGGGCAAACAAUUCUCCCAAACCUCGUAAGUCUAAAUUCUUGAGAGACAAGAAGUUCCCUCGCCGUGUUGUUAUGUCAAGCGUACGCUAUCUCAUUUGAAAGUAUACAGGUUUCAUGUGACGAAACAUCGUCAGGCAAUGUUGGUCAGACGCCUAAUUUUCAUCCAGCCUACUGGCCCCGUCCAGCAUUCACCACCGGGCGAAUUUUAUGACAACUAAGAUAUUACGAUGAGUUCAUCAACGCUUUCGUAGGCUUGCAGACAUCCCUUCAGCUGUAUCGAUCCGAGCGAUGGUCCCGUCCGUACUCUGUCGAUCCCCCAACAGUAUGAUUCCGAUACAUGUGGAAUCGUUUGUAUAUAAGUAACGGUCGGCACUUGCGAGGGGUUCAAGUGCUUGGACCUCAUUAGUGUGGUUUUACAUGUAGAAACCCUAGCUAUCACGUUCUAACCUCGUACACGGACCGCGAGGGGAACUUUGACAAAGCCUUGCCGAGGUCCAUAUCAUCAUGUGUAACUGAUGGCCGAUCUGACGAAUCGAUAACCUAAAGAAGAUCUCGCGAACAUGAUGCACCUUGCCUGGAAGCCGUUAGGCCCUCGCAAUCGCGUCAGAUAACGGAUUGAGAACCAUACUUAAAGGUCAGUUGGGCCUGGGAGUCUUGAUUAUGUCAUAUCCACUAGAAUCUUUACGCCAGAGACACACUGGGCCCAUACUACGGUAUCCAGGCCUUUGCAAGUAGGCCGGAUGCCAAGUACACACACUGGUAACUCCUGAAUAGCAUUUUGUCGGCUAGGACAUGCGCGCUCUCAAAGACGCAGUCAGAGUGACUCUCGACCGCAUGAAUUGUGUACAGGGGAACUGCGCAUCAUAGUCGGACAACUACCACUGCUACAGUGGUUUACAAGACGAUCUGCCGCCAAACCCAUGGCUCAGAAAGGAACGAAGGGCCCCGUGAAGCGCAGUUGACAGUCAGUCAGAUAAGCUGUCUUGGUGUCACUCCAAUGGGUUAAGGAAAGAUAUUUUUAAUACACUUAGUGUGUUGUGGCAAUCCGAAUUCUCUCCGAGGCACUUAUUAAUCGACUUUUGGAGUACAGCGGGAUGUCAACGCGCUGCCCAAAAGCCUCGACUGCCACAUACGCGCUAGUUAGCCAACCUGCAUGUACCGACCGCACGCAACUUAGAGCGCUUCCGUCCGCCUAUCCACGUCCUUGCUCGGAGUCCAUCCCAAGGGCCAGAUGGACAGUUGCUCUUCGUCCUUCCCACAGUCCUUCUCGCAUCUGAUUUAAGAAUUCCAUUUAUGCACAGCGCUCAGUGUGGAGAUCUUUCCUCGUAAUUCACCUUUUUCCUCUGCACCAGAUAUCAGAGCAUACCACACUGGAGCGAAGCAAUGUCGCCUUAUUCCCCUAUUUCGACACGAAGGACAGGUUUGAACGCUGCAACUGCAAAGGCAUCGACCCGACGGAUAUUGCCGCCAAUGUCUCCGUUGACACUCCUCCAAACCUCCGCUCUUCCAGAUGUGCGUGGACAUGGAAAAGCGGGACGGUCUUCACCCCGGCAGGAGCUGCGUCGACCACAUAUUCAUCCUCCCACGCCUCCUUAG